UGUUUCCACACUUCACUUAAAGAAUAGUACGACGGAGACACAUAUGAUAUCUUGGGGCGCUCAUGGGUAUAAAUAACAAUAAUCUCAUUAAUUAAUGAGUCUGGGGGCUCUGCUACUAAGCAACUAAGUAGCACAUCCUAGCUCCAACGGAUGAUCGAUCCAACAAGCGUCGGUUUUUAAAAAGCAAUUCAGGAAAAUGAUAUCGUUUAAAUCGACCAAUCAAGGCAAACCCAAAUCAACUAAGAAUGGAGAAUUUUCCAACAACGUUACAAAUAUCCUAAAUUCGGAAACAACAGGAAACAUCAAAUCAGAAAACAUGUUCAAUUUAAUCAGAAAAUUACAAGAUCGCAAAAAGUUCAAUGAAGAAACUCAAAAAACAAGGGAGAGAGAGCAGUCUUUAGCCAAACAUGAGGAGAAAACCAAUCAACAUGGAGAGUUACCUCCUGUCUUUAACAAGAGGCUAUUUUCGUCGAGGGGAGCGGUAAUCAUCACUGGAGCCGCAAGAAAAAUUAUGGAACAAAACGCGGAGAUUUUGCUCAAUGAGUCGGAUGACCGUCCAAUAAGUAAACAUAUUGUAGGGACAAUGAGAGGCGUUGUUGAUGGUUUAAAACUUAUUCAUAAAGAUCUUGACCACGUCAAAGAAAUACUUAGUUACGUUAUCACUUAUGAAAAGAUCAAGGCAUUCCAAUACAUAACAAAAAGGACGCAUGAAGAUAUGUUGUCUUGUUACUACAUAGUCCACGGAUCAGUUGAGGCAACAUACGAUGUAUCAUCUACAACUUCAAAUGCAGUGCAUUUUUAUGAACCAAAUAUAAUAUAUACACAUACGUCAGGUGAAUAUUUGGGCUUGGUGCAACCAGAUUUGUUGGGACGACACGAUCACUCCCCGCCAGCUACGAUCUAUACAAAAGAGGAUUGCGAAUUCCUCAGGAUAGAUAGGAAGAGAUUCCACGACGCCAUUGAGAAAAUUAAUGAAGAACUAUGCAAAGACAAGAUAUUUUUUCUAAAUCGUCACAAUACCAUUUUGAACACAUUGUCCAAAGAAGAAAAGGAAAAACUCAUUCCAGGGAUGCAACGGAAGGUAUUUCCUCCCAAUAAGCUGGUGUUGGAGCAGGGUGACCUGUGUGAGUACGUCUUCUUCUUGGUAUCAGGAACAACUCAGUGUUAUAGUACUGUAGAAGUACCAGAGAUAGGCAAAGACUGCAUAUUGAAUCUUCAGCAAUUGAAAGAAGGUGAUUUCUUUGGCGAAGAAUGUUUGUUGGAAAAGGAUUGCAAAAGCAUUUGCAGUCACCUCAGCCAGACGCCACUUACUUGCUUCAAACUUCACAGGACAGAGUUUCAAAAACUUGGCAGGGAACACGCCUUGGAAUUGAUUCACAAAAACCGGAAUAUAUAUCCAACAAUGGAAACUUUAGCUAAUUAUGGCUAUGGCCAUGCCGUAUGGGAUAUGCAAAAGAAAAUACGCAUCCGGAAAAUACUUUUGGGAAAGAACAAAUCCGCAGAACCCGUCAGUUCGAUAAACAUGCGCCCAGUUGAUGAAAAAGAAGCAUAUCAAGAAAACAUGUUCAAGUUCCUCAAUAAUGAAUCAUUGCGUCCACGAACUAGCCCUUGCCGGGUAGUAAGUAAGCCAUUUGGGAUGAGCAAUAGGGCAAAAUCUGCAGUCGGGAAGAAAAAAGAUAAGCAAGUACGCUUUAAAGAGUUGUGCAAUACAGAUGAGAACAAUAGCCACGAACUUGAUGAAGCACAAAAGGUUGCUAGAGCUAUCAGGUCCAACCCAAACUUGGUUAAGAUGAUGAAUUCAUUAAUGAAGGAGCACAUUGUUGUAAGGAAUGAGUUCCCUAUAAAAAAGAAAGUAGAAUCUAGAGAUCUAACUUUCACUAACCAACGGAACAAGGUGCUUGCAAAUAAGUCCAAGGCAGGCUGGUUUUACGCUUCAGAAGCAUCCACAGAUGGACCUGACGAAGUGUCACAACCAGGUGGUAAAAUAGAACUAUCCCUUGAGUCAAAUGAGCUGGUGAAGCGGGCAGAUAUGGAGGCACGGUCAUACGCUAAGCAAGUCCAAAGCAGGCGGAAUACCAUUCAAGAAGAUGAAACGUACCAUACCAGCAUUCACGAUGCCAAAGAAACUGCUUUUAUAAGUAUGUCUUACAACAAGUUUAGGAGCGAAUUCCUGCGUAGGCAACUGAAGCUGCAAAAGGAAAAACAGGAUGUUAAAGCAUUGAGACAUCUUAGGAAGGGUCAGGAAAACUUCAUGUCCAAACUUAAAGCGGAACAAGAAAGAAUGGCUAAUUCAACCAAUAAUAGGGAUGGUCUCCCAAAACCAAGACAGAUGUGGUUGCGAGGAAAGUUGUUGAUGAAGAAAAGCCAGGCUGAAGGUGAUCUCAUAGAGAAAAUACAUAGGCCAAUGCCACUUAACUUCAGAAGUGGAAGUUCGUCGCCCAAUAGUUCUGUGAGAAGCACACCGCGAUCCCUACGACUGACCAAACACUUCACCUUCGAUGAGGAAGAUACAAAUGGUUAUCAUUCGCGUAACAGACUAAUGGUUAGCAAUGACAGACUAUCAGUGCGGAGUAAUUCAUCUACUGAGAGAAGCGUCUCGACAACUCCAAGAACUCCGGAUAGAAAGACACCAUCUAGUCCAUUGAGUAUUGCAUCGGCAAGACAAGCGAGGAUUAGAAAAAGAAAUAGCAGAUUGACUAUGACAUUAUCAGAACAUCCUUCUAGCACCCAUAAUAAUGAUGCCAACGAUACAAGCAUAUUACAAACUCAAAUUGUUUCGAAUCAAAAUGAAGAAAAUGUCUCAGAAUAAAUUCGCCAAAAUCAUAAUUGUUAAUAACAACUUAGUGCCCAAGUGACGUAAUUUAUUUAUUGACCUAUAUUUAAACAAAGUAAUAUUUUUAUAAAAUAUAUUUACCUCAUACAUUAAUUAUGUUUAUAUGCG